GCACACACAUUCAGGGAUUGCUGAGUAUCCAGCACUGAACACGUACGUACGUAGCUAAAUGAAACGAGUGGCUGUGAUAGGGGCGGGGGCCAGUGGUCUCCCCGCCAUCAAAUGCUGUCUGGAUGAGGGACUCCAACCUGUCUGCUUUGAAAGGACUGACGAUAUCGGUGGACUAUGGAACUACACGCCAGACGUUCGGGAGGGUCAGGGCAGCGUCAUGAAAUCCACAAUAACCAACACCAGCAAAGAGAUGACGACGUACAGCGACUUCCCUCCUCCCCGGGGAUUCCCAAUGUAUCCUCACAACCGCCAGAUGCUACAAUACUUCAGAAUGUACGCCGACAAGUUUGGUUUGCGUCCGUACAUUCGCUUCAAAACAGAGAUCGUAUCAGUCAAACCAGUCCAAGAGGAGAAAGAGAGCAAAUGGACAGUUGUGUCCAAGGAUGGCAGCACAGGGAAGCUGACGACGGAGACGUUUGAUAACGUCAUGGUCUGCUGUGGGCAUUACAAAGACAAAUUUGUACCCAACGUCCCUGGUCAGAACGCCUUUCAAGGGAAACUCAUACAUUCACACGACUACAGGGAUUUUCAUGGUUUUGAGGACAAAAAAGUUGUGGUGGUUGGCAUCGGGAACUCCGGUGGUGAUGCUGCUGUAGAAUUGAGUCGUGUGGCGUCCAAGGUGUAUCUGAGCACGCGAGAUGGACGCUACAUAUUAGGCCGGAUAUCCGAAGCUGGAAUGCCGGUGGAUAUGAUCCACCUGACUAGGUUUAGGCGCGGAGCUCUUAGCUAUCUGCCCAGGUCUCUGAUCGAAACUUUAUAUUUGAAGAAAUUAAACCAAACAGUCAACCACCAGGCAUAUUGUCUGGAAACGGAUAGUGGACCAUUUGCAAAGGGCGUCCUUGUUAACGACGAACUGCCGAGUCGUAUAGCAUGUGGAAGCAUCGUCAUCAAGGCAGGUGUAAAACGUCUUCACAAGACCAGCGUGGAGUUUGAUGAUGGAACAACAGAAUGUGACGUAGACGUGAUACUUCUUGCAACCGGAUACACAUUUGACUACCCAUUUCUACACUCUUCCGUUCACGGACUGAGUGCAAACCGUAAUACGUUGUAUAAGUUCAUGUUCCCGCCUGUUUCUACUCAACCAACCAUCUGUGUCAUAGGCUUGAUACAGGCCGCGGGGCCGUCGCCGCCAAUGGCGGAGAUGCAGGCUAGACUUGCUUUGGCUGUGUUCAAGGGGAAAGUGAAGCUACCUUCCGUUGAGUUACAACAAGCCGAUAUAGAGAAAACCCGGAGCAGACUUAAGAAGGUGUUCAGUGACUCUAAAGGCCAUUUCUUCACGGUAGACUACAUGGUGUACAUGGAUGAGCUAGCCUCACUGUUCGGGUGUAAACCUGCAUUAGUGAAAAUGUUCCUAACCGACACGAAACUGGCUUGGUUAUGUCUGUUCGGAGCUUGCACACCCUAUCAAUACCGACUUGAGGGGCCAGGCAAAUGGUCGGGAGCUAGAGAGGCUAUCUUGCAGCAAUGGGAUAGAACAUUAGCCCCUUUACAAACCAGACCGACAACACGAAAACAAAACAGCUCGAAUAUCAUAAUUGUUAUGAAAGUUUCUGUCGUCUUCAUUGGAUUGUAUUAUCUUUAUUCAAAGUAUGCACUGAAGAAUUUAGACCAAGUGAUCUGACGGUAAUAUAAUGAUAGCAUCACAUUUACUGUUAAAGAAAACGGGUUCAUCAAAAUGUGCGUGACUGUUACGUGAUACAUAGUAAUAUUUAUCCUUAUUACAGGUACUGUAUAAUAUGAAAUGGUCGUUGUGUAUAAACAUUCGUGGUUGCUAUUGAACCACACGGGGCCAAAAAGGGCCAAUUUGGCUAUAUUGCUAUG